AUGGCCAGCCACCGCAACGAAUGUCAGCGGUUAAAGGAUGCGUUUUAUCUCAUUGCCGUGGCCUAUGACUUGGAUGGCAAUGGCUUGUUGGAUGAGGAUGAAGUGCUCCUGAUCCUGGAUCGGUGCCAGUUGUUGGAUGAGAAUUUGACCCCGACGAAGGUCAGGAGUUUCUUCCGGACCUGGGCGGCAGGCUGCAACAGCAUCAUUGGGCUCAGCAUGGGAGCAGAUGACAUUGAUGAUGGAAUCGGCUAUGAGGAGUUCCUGUCUCUUCUGUCUUGGAUCGCCGAUAUGAAGGGCAUUCCACUGGCGCGCUGCCGCGCGCGCGUGAUGCGCUUGUCCCACAAGAUGGUCGACACACAGAGCUCCGUGAGACGGAGGCUAGCACUGCUGUUCGACGGGUUCUGCAAGCGAGAAGCCGAAUGGAUGGGGGCGUAUGAGUUUACGCACCUCUGCCAUACCACCAACCUCUACAAGCAGGGUUUUUUCUCAGCAGGUGAUGCGUUCAAGAUCUUCUAUGAGACUCCUGGACUGGUGGAUCAGAGGAUGGAUUUUGGUGGCUUCAUGCAUGCCAUUCCGCAAGUGGGACUCCUGUUUGGCAAGGACGCCAAAGAGGCGGCGGAGAUGUUCGCUUCGGCGGUAGGACGCAUGGAUACCGACCAGGAGACGGUUCGAAGGGUGAAGCUCCGGAUCAAGCAGGCUGCCGCCAAUGCAGGUACCAGCGGUUGGAGAGAAUUCUUCCACGAAUGCGACACGGAUCAGUCAGGUUACAUGGACAUCGACGAGUUUUUUGACAUGUGUUGGCACAAGCUACACAUGGAUGACAGAAAGAGCCAUUUGCAACUUCUUUUCGAGCGAUUGGAUGAGGAUGACUCCGGGGAGUUGUCGAUCGAUGAAAUGAUCGCAUUUAUCGAGUCAUGA